AUGCGGCUCCCUUUACUCCUGUGCCUGGUACUCCUGAGCCCGCGGAUGGCCGCCCUGCGCCGACCCCAGAAGAAGAGAGUUCAGGAGCUGUCGCCCGCAGUCGCCACGGUGGCCCCUGGCAGCCGGGACUUUGUCUUCGACCUCUACAGGGCCUUGGCCGCAGCUGCCCCCGACCAGAACAUCUUCUUCUCCCCUCUGAGCAUCUCCGUGAGCCUGGCCAUGCUCUCCCUGGGGGCGCGGUGCAACACGAAGGCGCAGGUCCUGGCGGGCCUGGGCCUCAGCCCCCAGGAGGGCCAGGAGGAGGAGCUCCACAGCGCCUCCCAGCGGCUGCUGUGGGAGCUUGAGCGGCCCAGAGACGGCCUCCAGCUGAGCCUCGGCAACGCCCUGUUCACCAAGCCCGCGGUGCCCAUGGAGGAGGCCUUCCUGGGCGCCAUAAGGACGCUGUACCUGGCAGACACUUUCCCCACCGACUUUGAGGACCCUGAAGGGGCCCAGAAGCAGAUCAAUGAUUACGUGGCAAAGCAAACGAAAGGCAAGAUUGUGGACUUGGUUAAGGGCCUGGAUGGCACUGAGGUCAUGGUCAUAGUGAAUUACAUUUUCUUUAAAGCUAAGUGGGAGACAAGCUUCAACCGCAAAAGCACCCACGAGCAGGACUUCCACGUGACCUCGGAGACGGUGGUGCGGGUACCCAUGAUGAAACGAGAGGAUCAGUUUUACUACCUCCUGGACCGAAACCUCUCCUGCAGGGUGGUAGGGGUCCCCUACCAAGGGAACGCCACCGCCUUCUUCAUUCUCCCCCGCGAGGGCGGGAUGGGACAGGUGGAAAAUGGCCUGACAGAGAAAACACUGAGGAAGUGGCUCAGGAUGCCCAUGAAGAGACAGCUUGAGCUUCACCUACCCAAGUUCUCCAUUGAGGGCUCCUAUCAGCUGGAGAAAGUCCUCCCCAAGCUGGGGAUCAGAGAUGUCUUCACCUCCUAUGCUGACCUGACCGGCAUCUCCAACCAUUCCAGCAUCCAGGUGUCUGAGAUGGUUCACAAAGCCAUGGUGGAGGUGGACGAGUCGGGAACCCAAGCGGCUGCAGCCACGGGGACAAUCUUCAUGUUCAGAUCUGCCCGGAUGAGCUCUCAAAAGGUAGUAUUCAACAGGCCCUUUCUGAUGCUCAUUGUGGAGAACAACAAACACAUCCUUUUCCUCGGCAAAGUGACUCGCCCUUGA